AUGAGAAUUCCACUCCUUUCAAGGCUUCUCCCGAUAUUCAUAUGCUCACUUACCCUCAUCUUUGCCGUGUCUGGUCAAUGUCUUCGCGAUCAGCGUUCCUAUUUGCUCGAAUUGAAGAAUAGCUUCCUUUUCGGAACUGAUUUUUCCAAUAAAGUGCUGCCUUGGAAUGAAAGUGUUGAUUGCUGUUCGUGGGAAGGAGUAACCUGCAGCGAGGGACGUGUUGUCGGUCUCAACCUCGACAACCAACCAAUCUAUGGUAAACUUGACAGUUCAAGUAGCCUUUUCCGUCUUCAUUAUCUACAGCACCUGAGUUUGGCUGGUAACGACUUCCGUGAUUCUUGUAUUCCACCAGAAUUCGGAAAUCUGACAAAUUUGAUUUAUUUGAAUUUGUCACAAACUAGCUUUACUGGGCAGAUUCCCAUUGAGAUUUCGCGCCUCACAAGGUUAGUUACUCUCGAUUUGUCUGACAUUUCUAAUGAAGAACAGAACCUGGAGGGCCCAAAUUUAGUUACGCUAGUUCAGAACCUUACGCGCCUUACGGAACUUUAUCUUGAUGUUGUAAAUAUAUCAUCGCAAGGGAAUGAUUGGUGUCAGGCCUUAUCAUCUUCGCUGCCAAAUCUAAGAGUGUUGAGCAUGUCAUAUUGUGAUCUUCGGGGGCCUCUUGAUUCCUCCUUACAGAAGCUUCAGUCUCUAUCCAUAGUUAAUCUCCGCGGUAACAAUUUUUCUGCUCCAAUUCCAGAAUUUUUUGCAGAUUUUAGAAAUUUGACUUUCUUCGAUCUCAGUUAUUGUGGAUUGAAUGGACAAUUUCCAAAAAAGAUCUUCCAGAUUCCAACACUGCAGACGGUAGACUUAUCAGGUAAUGAACUACUUCAAGGUUCUUUGCCAGAAUUUUAUCCAAAUGGUUCUCUUCAGUCACUGCGGCUUAGCGGUUCAAAAUUUUCAGGGACACUUCCUGAUUCUAUUGGCAACCUUAAAAGGUUAUCUAAAAUAGAUCUUUCAAUGUGCAAUUUCAAUGGAUCAAUCCCAAACUCCUUGUCAAACCUUACUCAAUUGGUUUAUUUGGACAUGUCAUCAAAUUACUUCACCGGAUCAAUUCCAUCAUUCAGCAUGGCAAAGAACCUGACCGUGAUAGAUCUUUCUUCUAAUCAUUUGACAGGUCAUAUUACUGAAGGGAGUAUUCCAGCAUCUCUUUUUUCCCUUCCAUCAUUGCGAACAUUGCUUCUUGGCAACAACCAUUUUUCUGGUCAACUCCAUGAAUUUUCAAAUGUUUCUUCCUUCCUGCUGGAAGAACUUGAUUUGAGUAGCAACUACUUGGAAGGGCCAAUUCCCAUGUCUAUCUUUGAACUCCAAGGUCUUCAAGACCUAACACUUUCUUCAAAUAACUUUAAUGGCUCUUUACAGCUUAAUGUGAUUCAGCAGUUGAGAAAUCUUGCCUAUCUGGAUCUUUCCAAUAACAACUUGUUGACUGAAUAUAAUGGAACUAAUUCCUCACUAUCCUCCUUCCCCCAAAUUAUUAGCUUGAAUUUGGCUUCUAACAAGUUGAAAACAUUUCCUGAAUUCUUGAGACACCAAGCCAAUUUAGAACAUCUAGACCUUUCAGAGAACCAAAUACAUGGGGAGAUACCCAACUGGUUUUGGAAAAUUCCUAUACCUACUUAUGUAAAUCUCUCAUGUAACUACCUUGAGGGACCUUUACACAAUCUUUCUUCAACAAAUUUCCUAGACCUUAGCUCCAACCAACUCCAGGGACAACUCCCAACUCCCCUUCCAUUUUGUUAUUAUCUGGACUUGUCAAAGAAUAAUUUCUACUCUGUUAUACCAGAGCUAGACUUUUCAUGGAGCAAUAAAUUAUCUCCAUUGACUUUUUCAACAAAUAUCGACUUUUUUACUUUUUUCUUAUCUCUAUCGAGCAAUAAAUUCCAUGGGCAAAUCCCUGAAUCAAUAUGCAAUGCUACAGCUCUUGGAGUUCUAGAUCUGUCUAAUAAUUCCAUAAAUGGAACAAUUCCCCAAUGCUUGUUGUCUUCAAUGAGUAAUAAUUUAAAGGUUCUGAAUCUAAGGAGAAACAAACUCACUGGCAAAAUCUCUGAUACAUUUCCAAGCUAUUGUAGUUUACAAACUCUGAAUGUCAACACAAACCUACUAGAAGGAGUGGUACCAAAGUCUCUCGCCAAUUGCACAAAUUUGGAGGUAUUGGACAUUGGGAACAACAAGAUACAUGAUUUCUUCCCUUGUCACUUGAAGGGCAUGUGUAAUUUGCACGUCCUAGUCUUGCAUUCGAACAAAUUUUAUGGAUCUGUUGGUUGUGGAGGGUCAAAUGUUACUUGGCCGAUUCUUCAAAUUGUAGACCUAGCCUAUAACAACUUUAGUGGUAGGCUAUCAAUAAAAUCGUUGGCUAACUCAAAGUUCAUGAUGGCUGAUAAUAAGGCUCAAUCAGGGCUCAAUUACCUCCAAUUUGAUCCUAGAGAAGACAAUGCAGGUAGUUAUUAUUAUCAAGAUGUAAUAACAGUUACCAUUAAAGGUCAGAUAAUUGAGUCGGUGAAGAUUCUUACUAUUUUCACUUCAAUUGACCUUUCAAGCAACAAUUUUGAAGGGCCAAUACCAGAAGAAAUAGGAGUACUCAAAUCCUUGCAUAUUCUCAACUUGUCGCACAAUUCUUUCACAGGCCGAAUCCCACUGUCUCUGGGAAAUUUAAGUCAACUUGAGUCACUAGACUUAUCAAGCAACAAGCUUAGUGGUGAGAUCCCUGUGCAACUUGCAGAUAGUCUUACUUUCCUUGCAGUCUUAAACCUUUCAUUCAAUCAAUUAGUUGGGCCAAUUCCAUACAUCAAGCAAUUUGCAACAUUUUCGGAAACUUCCUACGAAGGGAACAAAGGACUAUAUGGGUGUCCUUUGAAGACAAAAUGCACAUCUGCAGAGCCACGAUCACCACCUCCAACAUUUGAAGAAAGUAACUCAAAUUCUCGGCCUUUGAUUGACUGGAAUUUCCUAAGUGUAGAGUUGGGAUUUGUUUUUGGCUUUGGGAUGGUCAUUUGGCCGAUUAUGUUUUGUAAGAGGUGGAGGAUUUGGUAUUGCAAACACGUUGAUGACAUUUUAUUCAGAAUCUUCCCACAGCUGUACCUUGGAGGAAAACAAUACCGUGGAAUCCGAGCACAAAGGAAUGCGGGGCAGAGGCAUUAG